GGCGCACCUAGUAACCCCUCGUCUCCCGAGUCCCUCGUCUCCCUCGCGUCGAUUCCCCUUUCUCCCGCUCUUCCCCUUUCAAAUCUCUCUCUAGCCGCUCCUCUCUAUAAACCCUAGUACUCGGGGGGCACCGCGCGCUCCGUCCCCCAAAUCCGAUCCAUCCCGCGAGAUCGCCCCGCGCCCUUCCCCCUCGAUAAUGGCGACGGCGCCGCCGCGGGUAUCCUGCGGCUCCCUUCUCCAGGAACUUCAGGUACUCUGGGGACAAAUUGGCCAGAAUGAAGCAGAAAGAGACAGGAUGAUAUUGCAGCUAGAGGAGGAUUGCCUCAAUGUUUACAGAAAGAAAGUAGAGCAAACAAGAAAGCAAAAGGAGGACCUGAUUGAAGAACUUUCUUUUGGUGAAUUGGAUAUUGAGAAAAUCCUUUCUGCUCUUGGAGAGCGAGAAUCUUUUUCUAGGGUAGAGAAACUUGGGGGUACAUUACUGGAACAACUUGCGAAAGUAGAGCCUGUUCUGGAAGAUUUGAGACGGAGGAGGGAUGAGCGAGUCGAGGAGUUUAUGGUUGUACAGGCGCAGAUAGUUCGGUUACAUGCAGAAAUUUCAGGAACAAUUGAAAAUGGGGAUCCUGUACCUCCUUUGGUGGAUGAGACAAACCUAUCCUUAAGGAGGCUAGAAGAGUUUAAGAGCCAGCUUAAGGAGCUCCAAACUGAAAAGAAUCUCAGGCUGCAAAAGAUUGAUGUACAGAUCAAUUGUAUCCAUGAAAUCUGCAACAUGAUGUCUCUUGAUCUCAAGAAAGAACUUUAUGAUGUUCAUCCCAGCUUCGUUGAGUUGGGAAGGACCACAUCGAUGAGUAUAAGCGACAGCACACUUGAAAGGCUUGCAGGAAAAGUUCAUUCGUUAAAUCAAGAAAAGAAACAGAGGCUUCGGAAGUUGCAAGAUCUUGGCAGCACACUUAUUGAGUUAUGGAACCUAAUGGACACACCAACUGCUGAACAGAAAUGCUUUGACCAUGUUACUUCUUUGAUUUCAGUCUCACCAAGCACAAAAAUGCCCCAAGGAUGCCUUGCACGUGAACUUAUUGAGAAGGUAGAGGUUGAGGUUAAGAGGCUGAAUUGUUUGAAAGCCAGCAAAAUGAAAGAGCUUGUAUUAAAGAAAAUGAUUGAGCUUGAAGAGAUCUACAAAAGUGUUCACAUGGAUAUUGACAGUGAUUACGAGAGGAGAAUUCUCAAUGAUCUUAUUGAUUCUGGUAAAGCAGAUCUCUCAGAUUUGCUUACAGGAAUGGAUGGUCGAAUUACAAAGGCAAGAGAGCACGCUCUAAGCAGAAAGGAAAUUCUAGAGAAGGUUGAAAAAUGGACAUUAGCAUCUGAAGAGGAGAGUUGGCUUGAUGAAUAUGAAAAGGAUCAGAAUCGCUAUAAUGCUGGUCGAGGAGCUCACAAAAAUCUCAAGCACGCUGAAAAAGCAAGGAUGCUGGUUAGCAAAAUUCCAUCUCUGCUGGAGAAUUUAACUGCUAAAAUUAAAGCUUGGGAAAAGGAGAACGGUGUCCCAUUUAUGUAUGAUAAGAUAAGGCUGUUGGAUAGUUUAGAAGAAUACACCUCAAGAAGACAGCAGAAAGAUGAGGAGAAACGGCGAUCGCGGGAGCUCAAGAAACUGCAAGAACAGUAUGCAGCAGAACAAGGUGCUACGUUUGGAACGAAGCCAAGCCCUGCGCGUCCACCUUCGGCUAGGAAGCCUCUUGGGCAGAGCUCGAACGCCAACAUAAUCAGUGGAACUCCUACCAGCCGCCGUGUCUGUACCCCGAUGGCACGCAAGGGAGGCUUGUCUUCUGGAAAAGUGAAAGAGGCUGGCAAGACAGCCUUUAUACCGGCAAACUAUGUGGCCCUUCCCAAGGAUUGCUCAGACAAUUCUAACCUGUGAGGCUGUGAGAAUGUCAACACCAGUUAUAAGUAGGAGUCUUUUACUCGGGCUUCUGCCUUUUCAUUUUGCUUGAUCUAUUCGAUUAGCAUCUUGCUAAAUAGUUGGUCCGUUAUGUGAUCUGAACUUUUGAUGCGAAAACCUUUCUGACGUGAAAUGACCCCAUCUAUAGGAUGAUUCUGUACUGGAAGAUUCCUGAUUUUAACUUGACAGUGUCCAUUUAAAUUA